AAACGAAGGAUGACGAAGAAGAAGAGGAUGCGCAUCAACAUCCGCAUCUAUCUCUCACGAACACACUGAACUCUUGUGUGCGAAAAGCAUUCUUCGGCGCAUUUGGCUACAAACAGACGCAAACAUGGGGAAGCGGCAGCACCAAAAGGACAAAAUGUACAUCACGUGUACAGAGUACACCAACUUCUACGGAGGCAAGCGCGCAGAAAUCCCGCAGACAAACUUCAGACGGCUUCCGUUCGACCACUGCAGCUUGUCCCUUCAGCCAUUUUCUUAUCCGAUGUGCACUGCCGAUGGCGUCGUCUUUGACCUGUUGAGCAUUAUUCCUUGGAUCAAGAAGUAUGGCACCAAUCCCAUAUCUGGGGAGAAACUGGAGGUCAAGUCGCUCAUCAAACUCAACUUUUCCAAGAACAAUGAAGGCAAAUAUCACUGUCCCGUUCUGUAUUCUGUCUUCACAAACAACUCUCACAUCGUCGCCAACAAGGUCACUGGCAACGUCUUCUCUUAUGAGGCAGUGGAGCAGCUCAACAUCAAGACCAAAAGUUUCAAAGAUCUGCUGACCGAUGAAGAAUUUACCAGAAAAGACAUCAUCACGCUUCAGGAUCCGACCGACCUGGACAAGUUCAACGUCUCCAACUUUUUCCACGUGAAAAACGACCUCAAAGUGCUGGAUCCCGACGAGGAGAAGGCCAAGCAGGACCCAUCCUACCACCUGAAGACCACCAACCUCGAGACCCGGGAGACCCUGGCCGAGCUUUACAAGGACUACAAGGGGGACCAGCUGCUGGCCGCGACCAUGAAGGAGCCCGAGGCCAAGAAGACGGACAAGCUCAACACAGCUCACUACUCGACGGGCAGAGUCGCCGCCUCCUUCACGUCCACGGCCAUGACGCCGGCCACCACCAACCAAGCAGACGCCAUCUCAGACGACACGGUGCGCUACAGCUACAUCAAGAACAAAGGUUACGUCCGCCUGCACACCAACAAAGGAGACCUCAACGUCGAGUUACACUGUGACAAGAUUCCCAAAGCGGGCGAGAACUUCAUCGGCCUGUGCAAAAAAGGCUACUACGAUGGCACCGUCUUCCACAGGUCCAUUCGGAAUUUUAUGAUUCAAGGAGGCGACCCGACCGGCACGGGCACAGGUGGAGAAUCCUUCUGGGGAAAGCCUUUCAAGGACGAGUUCCGACCCAACUUGUCCCACACGGGCCGGGGGAUUCUCAGCAUGGCUAACUCGGGUCCAAACACCAACAAAUCCCAGUUCUUCAUCACAUUCCGCUCCUGCGCCUACCUAGACAGGAAACACACGGUGUUUGGAAGGGUUGUUGGUGGCUUUGAGACGCUGACAGCCAUGGAGAAUGUGGAGAGUGACACCAAAACAGACAAACCAAAGUCUGAGAUCAAGAUCAUAAGCGCGACCGUGUUCGUGGACCCGUACGAAGAAGCCGACGCCGAGAUCGCGGCCGAGCGUGAGAAGGAGCGGCAGAAGAAGAAGGAGGAAGAGGAGCAGCAGCAGCAGGCCAGCGCCACCCUGAGGAAAGCCAAGGAAGCACAGGCUCCAAAGCCCUUCAAGCAAGGCAUUGGCAAAUACAUCAACCCCACCGCCGUGAAACGUCCCACCACAGAAGAAGAAAGGGGACCUUCGACAAGCGGCGCCGCCGCCCCCAAGAAGCCCAAAGGAAAGAGCACCUUUGGAGACUUCAGCUCCUGGUAGCAGCAAACUCGUCACCGGCGCAACCGCAAUUGGAUUGUUUUGGUAUCUUUGCAGUUUUCUCUUUGUCAUCAAAUAAUAAAUACACUUUUAUUUGUA